AUGCUUUGGAAGAGAGAUGCUGAAAAGGUACCCUACAUCUCCAAAGCUGAACGGGAAAAACGCAAACAAGACGAGCAGCUAAAGCUUUUGCAGCAAGAUACCCCGUCUUCUGGAGGACGCUCUCCUAAUCCCAUUUCAAUUGCAAAGCCCCCUAGUUCAGGUGGAAGAUUUUUACAGCAUGAAAAGGAGGCCAUUAAGGAAUAA